AUGUACAAUUUCAUAAAAAUAUUUCGAUCAAAUUUUAUAGAUUUAAAUUCUAUAAACAAAUUUGAAAUAUUUUUAAAAACAAUAUUACGAAUUUAUAAGACACCGGCUCGAACGCAUCUCUUGGCACAUGCAGCUGACAUAUCAUCUAUAUAUGCUGUUAAGCAUAUUUAUAAUUGUAUGAUUAAUGAUGAUGAGGGUAGAGUGAUAUUAAAAGAAAAACCUUUAUUAAUAAGACAGGAUAUUCAGUUUAAUGAAUUAAAAAAAUUGCCAAAAAACACGCUUGGAUAUAAGUAUAUGGAAUUUUUAGAAACAUAUAAAUUGCAUGCACAUGAUAGAGAAGUAUCUCAUUUUUUUACAGAUUUAAAUUAUUCUUACAUACUAACAAGAUAUAGGCAAAUUCAUGAUAUAGGUCACGUAGUCUAUAAUUUAAAUAUAUCCAUCGAAUCAGAAGCAGCUCUAAAAUUAAUUGAAUUAGUACAGACAAAAUUACCUAUAACGCUACUAGCUAUUUUAGUUGCACCCUUUAUGACACCUCUGUAUCGUUUUCAAUACAUAUUUAAGGAUUCGCUUCCAUCAAAUUUUCUAAACUCUAACUUUGAUUAUACGUAUAAUGAUGCAUAUAAUUAUGUAGACGAACUAUCCAUUAAACAAUAUGAAUACAAUUUAACAGAUUAUUUUCAUGUUGAUAAAAGAAAUGAUAUUGAGUUUUAUUCAAAGAUAUACAAGUACUACUUUCAUAACAUUAAUAAUUCUUCCCUUGUUCGUGGUUCUAUAAUAUACGGAUUCGAAAAUAAAAGCAAUAAUGAUAUUAUAUAUGAUAAAUUGAACAAAGAAUAUGUAUUUUUAAGAAAUUUGCAAAAAAAGUAUUUUCUUUUUCAGUACAAGCCAAGGAAAACCUUGCUAAGUCAGUUAUAUCCUUGGGCAUACAAAGCUGGCAUAUCAACAACUAAACCUCUCCAUUCUAUUCAUAUUGAAAAAUGGCUAGACAAAGAUAUCGACUUGUUCAGGCGUACAUACAACAUAUCUCCCCUCCCCUCUCACUUGAAUUUAAUGGCUGGGAUUAAUUAA